AUGGAAAAAAGUUGUAGUGAGAAUGGAGAUGAUGUGGAAAUGGUUCAUACGAAUGAUAAUUGUAGGGAUGAAAAAAAGGAACAUAAGAAAGACUUUCUGUUUGACGACAUAAUACCCGAAAGUGAUUAUAGACGGAUAGGUACAAAUGUUAUAAAUGAGAAAAUGCUAAUGGAAAAUAUAGAUAACAAAAACAAGGUUAGAAGAACGAAUCUCAUUGAUGAGUUUAACCAUGUAAAAGUGCUUUCUUUGGAAAACAAGAAUAUAUUGAUCAUACAGAAUAUAGACCUUUUUAAAAGUCUGGAAGAACUGAACUUAGACAACAACCUGAUAGAAGAUAUUGAAAACCUUGAUGGUUUGAUAAACCUGAAAAUUUUAAGCAUGUCAAACAAUAAAAUAAAAGAAAUAAAAAAUUUGAACAAGUUAACAAAUUUGUUAGAAUUGAAUUUGCAUAACAACAGAAUAGAAAGAAUUGAAAACUUAAAUAAUAAUGUAAAAUUAAAAAUUUUAAUUUUAAGUAAAAAUAAAAUAAGUGAAAUGCAAAAUAUAACUUAUCUUAAAAUUUUUAAAAAUUUAAAAUUUUUAAGUUUAAUCGACAAUCCUAUAUGUCAAAAUAAAAAUAUAAUUAAUCAUGUUGGAUCCAAUUUGAUCAAUCUCAAAUAUUUUAACAACUUGUUGUUGGUUGAAGAAAUUAGAUAUGCAGAAAGAUCAUCAUUUUCCCCUGUAUCCAAAAAACAGAGUGAUGAAGACAAAGACGAUAUGGAUUAUUUCACUCUAAAGAAUAAUGCAAAUAGUAAUGACAAUUAUGAAAAAAAAAUUGAAGAAGCUUACUUGUUGAAUAUAACCACAUUAGAUCAGUCUCUCUUUAAUAAAAAAAAGGAUCCCUCUGUAUUUCUCAAAAUAGAUUUUUACUCAAAAAUUAAGGAUGUCUUUUUGCAAGAUAUUCAUCAGAUGAGUUCUGUGUUGAUAGAUCAAAUACUCCAACUAAAUGAGGAACGAAACAAAUGUUCAGACACUUUCGAAAAUGAUGUCGAGAAUUUCACCUCUCAAUAUAUGCAAAGCAAUGUUGCAGCUUUUAACAAGUUGAGGAAGAGAUCCAAGAGGGUGGUGCGUUCACUUCUCUCCUUCUUGGGUUGUGAGGAAGGUCUUCACCCCGUGGAGUUAAAGAAAUGUCCAGAUUUUUACAAAAAAAGAACUGCACUAAAUGAUAACAAAACACUGAACGAUGCAAUUGCAAAACGAAUACAAAACACUUUUGGAGAUUUUCAUUUCAAACAAGACAGUGAUCAGGUGGGAACUUAUGAACUCAGCUCAUGUGACAUUUAUGCAAAGGAAUCAGAUGUGCAUAACACCUUUAUUGUCGAGGAAGCAAAAUAUAAAAUAAUAAAAAAGUACAUUGAAAAAAACAUGGAAGAAAAUUUUCUUUUUAGAGACAAAUUAAUCAAUGAAGAAUUGGCCAAUAUGGUUUCCAUUAACAGUUUUAUAGAAAAUUUUCAAAGGGAUGUUUCGAAAAUUAUAAAAUCUAUAAAUGAUAAAAUUUCCAACUAUUUUAGAAAAUUGGACGAAUUAGAAGAAAAUUUUAAUUCAAAAAUUAUUAAUUUUUUUGCUGAGGUAAAGAAUAAUGAGCACCCGUUGGUAACCUUAAGCGAAGAUGAAAUUAAUGAGUAUUACACUUAUAAAGGAAAUAGAUCCAACAUCCUGAAUAACCUCGAAGACUUCAUCUCAAGUAGUUACAACAAGUCUGGCAGCUUUUUAAUUGAAGAAAAAAAGAAACACUUAUUUAUUAAAUCGAGGAAUCGAAUUUCAGAAAUUGAAAAAAUUGUCGACAUGUUUAAUGACUUGUUUUAUUCCUAUCUAUGUGUUCUGCGAGUCCAGUAA